AUCUGUUUCGCACUCGGCAUCACUCAUUCCUGCCGGGCAUAAAAGUCAACCAUGGAUUUCGAUCUCGACGGCGAUAUCGGCCCGACCGUCACCAUCCGCGAAGCCACCCCGAUCGCCGUGGAUUUCAUCCUGAAGAAUGUCGACCUUAGUCUGGCCAACUCCGUCCGGCGCGUCGUGCUCGGCGAGGUGCCGACGAUGGCGAUUGACCUCGUCGAAGUCGACCUGAACACCUCCGUCCUUCCGGACGAAUACAUCGCGCACCGCCUGGGGCUGAUCCCGCUGAACGCCCGCAACGUGGACGACGUGCUGUACACGCGCGACUGCGACUGCGAGCAGUACUGCGACCAGUGCAGCGUCACGCUGAGCCUCGAGGCGAAGUGCAACCGUGAGGAGACGAUGACGGUGUACGCGCGCGACCUGGUGCGGAACGAGGGGGCGGUUAACGAGUGGGUCGGGCGGCCGGUCAUCAUGGAUCCGGAGGCGAAAGGGAGCAUCAUUUGCAAACUGGGGAAGGGGCAGGAGAUCCGGAUGCGGUGUAUUGCGAAGAAGGGGAUUGCGAAGGAGCAUGCGAAGUGGGCACCGACGGCGGCGGUUGGGUUCGAAUACGACCCUCACAAUAAGUUGCGGCAUUUGGACUAUUGGUAUGAGGAGGAUGCCUCAAGAGAAUGGCCACUGUCCGAGAACGCAAAACUUGAAGAUCCCGCGCAAGAAGGCGAGCCGUUCGACUUCAACGCGGUCGCCUCGCUCUUCUACUUCAACGUCGAAACGGUCGGUGGCCUCGAACCCGAUACAAUCGUCCAACAAGGCAUCAAAGUUCUUCAGCAGAAGCUCGCCUCGGUCAUCCACGAAUUGACGGGAACCGGCGAAGCGAUGGAGGCUGACGAUGACUAUGCGGUUCGCAGCCCGGACGCGAUGAACGGGAUCAACGGUGCCACGACCGCCUACGGAGGAAACACGGCAUACGGCGACCCUGGAUAUCAGACGCCAGGAAACUUUGGUGGGCAAAGCGCUUGGGGUGGUGGGAUCGGUGGCGCAACUCCAUAUGGUGCUCAAACUCCUUACGGCUCGGGAUAUCGGAGAUGAGGCAUUUGGAGUGGAUUUGGAUAUGAUCGUUCCUUACCAGCGCGUGCAUUGCUCGGAGUUAUCGGAUAUUUCAAUGGAAGGAAAUGGGGGGCAUUUGGGCGCAUAGAUGCGGUAUACUUGAGAACUUUGCAUUUUGGGUUGCAGUUUCAAGACACAGCAACCCAAAAGUUGAGGACUUCACUCGAUAGGCAGAGGAUAAUACCGUAGGCAAAUGAAAGUUACAAUUAAUGAUCA